AUGGCGUCCUCCAGCGUCGUCCCUUCUUGCGUUGCACUUGCGCUGCUCCUCUUGGUUGCUCUCGCUGCCACCGCCAAUGGCGACGAGCUCUCCGCGGGUUACUACGAGAAGACGUGCCCCAACGUGCAGCGCGUCGUGCGGUCAGUGAUGGCGAGCAGCGUCGCCGCCCAGCCGAGGAUGGCACCCGCCGUCCUCCGCCUCUUCUUCCACGACUGCUUCAUCAACGGAUGUGAUGCUUCUGUUCUCCUGGAAGCAACCCCCUUCUCCCCCAGCGAGAAGGAUGUAGAGCCGAACGCCUCCCUCACCGGCUACACCGUCAUCGACGACAUCAAGUCCGCCCUCGAGCACGACUGCCCGGCAACCGUCUCCUGCGCUGAUGUUAUCGCCCUGGCGUCCCGCGACGCCGUCGCCCUGCUCGGAGGCCCCACCUGGAGCGUGCCCCUCGGCCGCAAGGACUCGCGCUUCGCGGCCGACCCAGAGUCCACCAAGAAGGGCCUCCCCAGCCCGCACGACAACCUCGGCGAGCUCGUCACCAUGUUUUCAAGGCUCAACCUCGACGCGCGUGAUAUGACCGCGCUCUCCGGUGCACACACCGUCGGGAUGGCCAACUGCCUGCACUACAGCGACCGCGUCUACGGCACCGACCGCGAUGAGGAGAUCGACCCAUCCUUCGCACAGACCAUGCAGCAGAUGUGCCAGGGUCCUUCUGGUAAAGCGUCGUUUGACGUGCAGACUCCGAUGAGGUUCGACAACGCUUACUACCGGAACCUUAUCGCGCGGCGCGGUCUCCUCACCUCCGACCAGACUCUCUACGGCGGUGGAGGUUUGCAGGACAAUCUCGUGGAGAUGUACAGCACCGACGGUGAGGCGUUCGCGAGGGACUUCGCCAAGGCCAUGGUGAAGAUGGGAAACGUACCUCCGCCCAAAGGAAUGCCCGUGGAGGUGAGGCUCAAGUGCUCCGUGCCCAACUAUUGA